AUGUCAUCAUGGUUGGCACGUGGAAAAUCGAGGUUGAUGAAGGCGGAACAUGAAGCAAAGGGCCGAACUCAGAAGGGCCUCAUCCGGUGGACACAUGACGUGGACGAAAAUCGAGACGACUCAUCGAAAUCGGGGGCAGGCCAGUCCGUGAAAAUGGUGGUGGGGGCGGGAUGGAAUCUGUGGGUGCAAAUAAGGGGGUUAAAGAGGUUUAGCCACCCAAAACAAUGA